AUGCCUACUGAUGGAAGUCAUCGCCAAAGAGAGUUGAAGGAGAUCAUACGAAAUUUCACCCCAGCAUGGUUUACAGUCAUUAUGGGUACCGGCUCAAUCAGCCUACUUUUCAACGCGUUUCCUUACGGGAAAGACGCGAAUGGAAUGCACAUCAUGGCGCUGAUAUUCUUCUUCCUCAACCUUACUUUAUUUGUCCUGUUCACUGUCAUCUCCCUCGCACGAUAUGCCUUGUUCCCAAAGGUUUGGCCUAUUAUGAUCUCUCACCCGCUCCAGAGCCUUUAUACCGGGACGUUCCCCAUGGGCGCUACAACAUUACUCAAUAUUUGUGUCACCCUCAUCAAUGAGAAAUACGGCGUAGGCGGUAAAUCGUUCCUCUAUGUCAUCUGGGCCCUGUGGUGGUUAGACGUCGCGAUAUCCAUCAUUUGUUGUUGGGGCAUGCUUCAUAUCAUGCAAACCGCUCACAAUCAUUCAUUGGAAAGAAUGACCGCCGCUUGGCUUCUUCCAGUUGUUACACUCAUUGUCGCCUCUUCCACAGGCGGUGUAUUGGCACCCGCUCUACACAAGUACAAUCCAUCGAGUGCGCUUGUCACCCAAGUGUUCUCUAUGUUCAUGGUCAUCAUCGGGUUGUCCCUAUCCAUGAUGUUGCUGACUGUGUACAUGAUGAGGCUCAUUAUUCACGGUCUACCGCGCGGUGCCACCGUCAUUUCCGUCUUUCUCCCAUUAGGUCCUAUGGGCCAGGCUGGCUUUUCCAUACUCAUAGCUGGCCAGUAUUUCGCGACUGUAUUCCCUUUGAAGGACGGAAACUCAACGAUCUUACGAUCCCCCGCUACCGGUGAAACGAUGAACGUCAUCUGCACGUGCAUAGCGUUUGUCCUUUGGUCCCUCUGUUCUAUGUGGUUUAUCUUUGCACUUCUCGGGAUGCAGCAAGUUCUAAGAGGAGGUCGGAUUCCGUUUAAGGUACCCUUUUGGGGAUUGAUUUUUCCGAACGGUGUAUAUGCAAAUCUUACCAUAAGCUUGGGAACUACAUUUGAUUCACCCUUCUUCCGUAUUUACGGGAGUAUAUACGCCGGAGUGACACUGUUGAUGUGGAUUUUCGUUGCGACGAGGACGGUGUAUCUGGUCUAUACGACGGAGAUCUUCGAGGCUCCAUGUUUGGAAGAUGCCGAUAUGGCAAGAGUCGGGAUUGCUGAGACUCGUUCACGAAGUUCGUUGUGCGAGAACGGUCCGGCUAGAAAAGACUAG